AUGCAGAUGUCUGAACAUCAGCACGGGAAGCUGGAGAGAGGGAGGGAGAGCGAACAAAAGCCAUUUAAUCAGCCUUUGAAUAAAAAGAAGAAUGCCGGUGCCAGUGACUGGGUGAAACGAAAGCUAAAUCAGCAUAUUCGCAAUAAACAUAGGAAAUUGGAAAGUCAGGAUCUAACCCAGCUCCGUGCAUCAAACAUACCUGAAUCGCAUUAUUUGGAGGAGGACAAUCCAUUAAGAAGAACAGCCUCAGAGCCAAUCCUGAAGCUGCGACCAAAGAGAAGUGCAUCAGGAAGACAGAACCCACUCCAGCGUAAAACCAGUGCGCCCCCUGCUGUCAGAGCAUCUGACUCUAUGGGGGGAGCCUCCAGUUCUACUCCAGUAUCUUUAAAAAGUUCAGCAGCAGAUACAAAAAUGAGCCAUCAAGAGCCACAGACCUAUAGCACAUCAUCACCACAACGGGAUGAAUCUCCUGUACACACCAUGCUCUGGACUAGAUAUGAACAGCCGGUCUUUGCCUUGCAUCCACCUGUUCUUGCAGUUCCUGGGCAGUGGGCGGUGAUGUCUCAUAAGCCUUUGAGCAAAUCCCAGUCGGCACCUUCUUUCUUCCAGCACAUCCACACUCAGACUGUUAUGAUUACACACCCCAUGUACCAACAGCAAUGGCCACAGGAGACAUUCCAGCAACACACAAAUGUACAUUUGCACGCAAACACACAGAGCCCUUUUUCACAUGCUCAUUGUAAUGUACCUUUUCACACGGUGCGGCCUGUGUCCUCUGGAUCACUGAGAAAAGACAGAGAGAGAACAAGAGAGGACUUACAUAUACUGUCUCAAUCGCCGCAUGAUGACCGAUGCAGUAAUCAACUGGGAGUGCCGCAGCACAGUGAAUGCUGUGAUGUACGGAAAAAAAUAUAUCACCGGAACCUUACACGUGUGCAUUCCUCUCCAGGCACCUUUAACAGAAGUCUGCCUUUACAUUUAUCCUCACCUCUAGCCCGGGAUGUCAGGAGCACACCAAACUAUAGAACAGGUUUGGUGUUUGACUAUCAGAUGCUGAAACAUGAGUGUGACUGUAAAGAUACCAGCUUUGAUCCUGGGUAUGCUGGCAGAAUUAUGAGUGUCUGGUCAAGACUGCAGGAGUGUGGCUUCAGGAAUCAGUGUAAGUUGGUUAAAGGCAGGCCGGCCACGUUUGAGGAACUUCUGUCGGUCCAUUCAGAACAGCUUAUUCAUUCGUACGCUGGGUUCUCAGAAAGAACAUCUUCCAUACCAUAUAAAAGUCAAACAGACCAUGAUAUGGUAUUGAAUAAUUCCUGCAGUGCAGCAAUACUGAAGAUGUCAGUGGGCAGUGUGAUUGAGCUGGCUUUCCGUGUGGCUGGAGGAGAGUUAAGGAAUGGGUUUGCUGUGGUCACACCUCCAGGACACCAUGCAUCACAUUCUCAAACAUAUGGUUCCAGUAUCUUUAACUCUGUGGCCAUUGCUGCUAAACAGCUUCAGGAGCAAUUGAAGGUUACAAAGAUCCUUAUAGUAGAUUGGGAUGUUCAUCAUGGUAAUGGAACUGAGGAGAUAUUCUACACAGAUCCUAGUGUCCUCUAUAUAUCCCUGCAUCGCUAUGACAAUGGUUCUUUCUUCCUUGGAAAUGGACAACCCACGAGGGUAGGAUCAGAUAGAGGGAAAGGCUAUAAUGUAAAUGUGGCAUGGUCAGGAGGCCUGAAUCCUCCAAUGGGAGAUGCAGAAUACCUAGCUGCAUUCAGAACGGUAGUGAUGCCAAUUGCUCACGAGUUUUCCCCAGAUGUGGUGCUGGUUUCAGCUGGUUUUGAUGCUGCAGAGGGUCACCCAGAGGCUCUGAGUGGAUACAGAGUCUCAGCAAACUGUUUCGGAUUCUUGACCCGGAAGUUAAUGGAGUUGGCUGAAGGUCGAGUGGUGUUGGUGUUAGAGGGAGGUUAUAACCUCGCAUCCCUCUGCGACGCGUUGCAAGCCUGUGUCAGUGCUCUCAUGGGAAAUGAGCCUGAGCCUUUAGAUGAGGAGGAAUUAGUGAGGAAACCCUGUAUCAACGCAGUCGAGUCUCUGAAGACAGUUCUACAUGUUCAGAGCAGGUACUGGCAUUCAGUGAGGUCUAUGGUAAACACUGUGUCUCUGUCCUACGUGAAUGCGGAGAGGAGAUACUCGGCAGGCAGUGAAGCUGCUUUAGUCCUGAAUGGCCUUCAUAUGACUGUUCCAAGCAGCAGAAGUUCCCUAAAUGAGCCUAUGGAGCAUGAUGAAGCUGAUUCAUUGUAGAAGCCAGUCUGUCUUAUUUCUGGAAGACUUUAUUCCUCUCCAAGCAGAAGUCGGACAUCCAGUGCUGUAACAGACUAUGAUGACUGCAGUGUUGACACAGGAGACAAUCCUCAGGAACUUGGCUGAACAAAAGAAAUUCACAUCUCGUGAGUGAUUUAUUGAAAUGCUGAGUCAUUUGUUUGACGAAAAAGGUUUUACUCAUGAAGCCUCUGGGCAAUGUCAAAUAAGGAUAUCAUACAGACAGGAAGUGAAAAUUUAUGAGAAACAUCCUUACCCAUGCAGAAGCAUUUGGUUAAUACACUACCUUUCAAACAUUUGGGGUCAGUCACUUUUUCAAACAUUCAGCAGGGAUGCAUUGCUGAUCUUUUGACGUUUUAAUUAGCCAAGGAAUGAAAAAAAAAAUUUUUAAACAUUGACAGUAA